AGUCCCUGCCCGGCUUUCAGGCUCGGCUGGAGCUGGAGCCUGCCCGCACCUCCGCCCCGGGAGCCGCGUCCGCACCAGCAGCCCGGAUUCGGGACCCGAGCGGGAGACGCCGAGAUGUGAGCCUCCGACUGGCCACUGCUCUCUCUGGCAUCCGCUUCUCCCAUUCCACCGGCCCGAUUGGACAGCGAUCGCUUGCCUCGAUCUCCGGGGAGAGGAGCAACCACCAGGCGCACAGCCCAGAAGUUGGGCUGCGCUGUUCAGCCCGGAGCUCGCUGCGCGAGGGGGUGGACCAGGAGACCGGGAGACGAAGGCGCGGGGAAGGGGUCUCGGUCUGAGCUGAGGGGGAUUGGGAGGAUGGGGGCUUGAGUUCCCUCUUGAGCUCCCCAGCAGGGGGAGAGAUGCAGAGCCCGCGCCCAGGCGCCGGCCGCCGCGGUAGCAGCCUCAGCAGCAGCCUCAGCAUCAGCACCGGCGGGACAGCGACAGCGGGGGCGGCGCAGGCGCACUGUGCCCCGCGGAGCCUGCAGUUCCCGAGCCCCGUGUGCGGCACCGCCACAGUCUGGGCAGCGGCGGCCGGGGGAGCGCUACUACCAUGAACUGCCUGGUUCUCCUCCCCAGAGCUGCUCAUCCGGGUCGGGCUGGAGACACAGUCAGGGGACCCCGUCGCCGCCGCCGCGCCCCCUCUUCUUUCGGCUCAAUCUUCUCUUCCACCUUUUCCUUCUCUUCCUCCACCUUCUUUGCCUGCAUCCCCCCCUCCCCCGCCGCGGAUCCUGGCCGCUGCUCUCCAGACCCAGGAUGCCGGGGGGCAAGAGAGGGCUGGUGGCACCGCAGAACACAUUUUUGGAGAACAUCGUCAGGCGCUCCAGUGAAUCAAGUUUCUUACUGGGAAAUGCCCAGAUUGUGGAUUGGCCUGUAGUUUAUAGUAAUGACGGUUUUUGUAAACUCUCCGGAUAUCAUCGAGCUGACGUCAUGCAGAAAAGCAGCACUUGCAGUUUUAUGUAUGGGGAAUUGACUGACAAGAAGACUAUUGAGAAAGUCAGGCAAACUUUUGACAACUACGAAUCAAACUGCUUUGAAGUUCUUCUGUACAAGAAAAACAGAACCCCUGUUUGGUUUUAUAUGCAAAUUGCACCAAUAAGAAAUGAACAUGAAAAGGUGGUCUUGUUCCUGUGUACUUUCAAGGAUAUUACGUUGUUCAAACAGCCAAUAGAGGAUGAUUCAACAAAAGGUUGGACGAAAUUUGCCCGAUUGACACGGGCUUUGACAAAUAGCCGAAGUGUUUUGCAGCAGCUCACGCCAAUGAAUAAAACAGAGGUGGUCCACAAACAUUCAAGACUAGCUGAAGUUCUUCAGCUGGGAUCAGAUAUCCUUCCUCAGUAUAAACAAGAAGCGCCAAAGACGCCACCACACAUUAUUUUACAUUAUUGUGCUUUUAAAACUACUUGGGAUUGGGUGAUUUUAAUUCUUACCUUCUACACCGCCAUUAUGGUUCCUUAUAAUGUUUCCUUCAAAACAAAGCAGAACAACAUAGCCUGGCUGGUACUGGAUAGUGUGGUGGACGUUAUUUUUCUGGUUGACAUCGUUUUAAAUUUUCACACGACUUUCGUGGGGCCUGGUGGAGAGGUCAUUUCUGACCCUAAGCUCAUAAGGAUGAACUAUCUGAAAACUUGGUUUGUGAUUGAUCUGCUGUCUUGUUUACCUUAUGACAUCAUCAAUGCCUUUGAAAAUGUGGAUGAGGGAAUCAGCAGUCUCUUCAGUUCUUUAAAAGUGGUGCGUCUCUUACGACUGGGCCGUGUGGCUAGGAAACUGGACCAUUACCUAGAAUAUGGAGCAGCAGUCCUCGUGCUCCUAGUGUGUGUGUUUGGACUGGUGGCCCACUGGCUGGCCUGCAUAUGGUAUAGCAUCGGAGACUACGAGGUCAUUGACGAAGUCACUAACACCAUCCAAAUAGACAGUUGGCUCUACCAGCUGGCCUUGAGCAUUGGGACUCCAUAUCGCUACAAUACCAGUGCCGGGAUAUGGGAAGGAGGACCCAGCAAGGAUUCAUUGUACGUGUCCUCUCUCUACUUUACCAUGACAAGCCUUACAACCAUAGGAUUUGGGAACAUAGCUCCUACCACAGAUGUGGAGAAGAUGUUUUCGGUGGCUAUGAUGAUGGUUGGCUCUCUUCUUUAUGCAACUAUUUUUGGAAAUGUUACAACAAUUUUCCAGCAAAUGUAUGCCAACACCAACCGAUACCAUGAGAUGCUGAAUAAUGUACGGGACUUCCUAAAACUCUAUCAGGUCCCAAAAGGCCUUAGUGAGCGAGUCAUGGAUUAUAUCGUCUCAACAUGGUCCAUGUCAAAAGGCAUUGACACAGAAAAGGUCCUCUCCAUCUGUCCCAAGGACAUGAGAGCUGAUAUCUGUGUUCAUCUAAACCGGAAGGUUUUUAAUGAACAUCCUGCUUUUCGAUUGGCCAGCGAUGGGUGUCUGCGUGCCUUGGCAGUAGAGUUCCAAACCAUUCACUGUGCUCCUGGGGACCUCAUUUACCAUGCUGGAGAAAGUGUGGAUGCCCUCUGCUUUGUGGUGUCGGGAUCCUUGGAAGUCAUCCAGGAUGAUGAGGUGGUGGCUAUUUUAGGGAAGGGUGAUGUAUUUGGAGACAUCUUCUGGAAGGAAACCACCCUUGCCCAUGCGUGUGCGAAUGUCCGGGCACUGACGUACUGUGACCUACACAUCAUCAAGCGGGAAGCCUUGCUCAAAGUCCUGGACUUUUAUACAGCUUUUGCAAACUCCUUCUCAAGGAAUCUCACUCUUACUUGCAAUCUGAGGAAACGGAUCAUCUUUCGUAAGAUCAGUGAUGUGAAGAAAGAGGAGGAGGAGCGCCUCCGGCAGAAGAAUGAGGUGACCCUCAGCAUUCCCGUGGACCACCCAGUCAGAAAGCUCUUCCAGAAGUUCAAGCAGCAGAAGGAGCUGCGGAAUCAGGGCUCAACACAGGGUGACCCCGAGAGGAACCAACUCCAGGUAGAGAGCCGCUCCUUACAGAAUGGAGCCUCCAUCACCGGCACCAGCGUGGUGACUGUGUCACAGAUUACUCCCAUUCAGACGUCUCUGGCCUAUGUGAAAACCAGUGAAUCCCUUAAGCAGAACAACCGUGAUGCCAUGGAACUCAAGCCCAACGGCGGUGCUGACCAAAAAUGUCUCAAAGUCAACAGCCCAAUAAGAAUGAAGAAUGGAAAUGGAAAAGGGUGGCUGCGACUCAAGAAUAAUAUGGGAGCCCAUGAGGAGAAAAAGGAAGACUGGAAUAAUGUCACUAAAGCUGAGUCAAUGGGGCUAUUGUCUGAGGACCCCAAGAGCAGUGAUUCAGAGAACAGUGUGACCAAAAACCCACUAAGGAAAACAGAUUCUUGUGACAGUGGAAUUACAAAAAGUGACCUUCGUUUGGAUAAGGCUGGGGAGGCCCGAAGUCCGCUAGAGCACAGUCCCAUCCAGGCUGAUGCCAAGCACCCCUUUUAUCCCAUCCCCGAGCAGGCCUUACAGACCACACUGCAGGAAGUCAAACACGAACUCAAAGAGGACAUCCAGCUGCUCAGCUGCAGAAUGACUGCCCUAGAAAAGCAGGUGGCAGAAAUUUUAAAAAUACUGUCAGAAAAAAGUGUACCCCAGGCCUCAUCUCCCAAAUCCCAAAUGCCACUCCAAGUACCCCCCCAGAUACCAUGUCAGGAUAUUUUUAGUGUUUCAAGGCCUGAAUCACCUGAAUCUGACAAAGAUGAAAUCCACUUUUAAUAUAUAUACAUAUAUAUUUGUUAAUAUAUUAAAACAGUAUAUACAUAUGUGUGUAUAUACAGUAUAUACAUAUAUAUAUUUUCACUUGCUUUCAAGAUGAUGACCACACAUGGAUUUUGAUAUGUAAAUAUUGCAUGUCCAGCUGGAUUCUGGCCUGCCAAAGAAGAUGAUGAUUAAAAACAUAGAUAUUGCUUGUAUAUUAUGCAGUUGACUGCAUGCACACUUUACAUUUAUUUAUAAUCUCUAUUCUAUAAUAAAAGAGUAUGAUUUUUGUUACCCAAGGCAAUGUAAUAUUUGAAGAAUCAGGGUCCAACCUGCCAAUGUUGCCAUGACAAAUUUGAUCUCAGGCUGAGUAUGUAUAUCGAGCUAUCAUUUUCUCACUGUUGUGUUAAGUUAAAAGUAUAGAUUAAUGCCAAGGAAGAGUUCAGUCUUUUAAACUAUUAGUACCAUGUUAUGAUCUCUUUCCAUAGGAUAUUUUUCUGUAACUUAGUGUUAGGUUCUUUUCCCCUACAGGCAGUGUUUGCUCCAUUUAAAUGACCGUUUUGUUGCCUAAGUCAGAUAACAGUGUGGGAUAUUGAAAACUUAUUGCUAUGGGUUUUGUGCAUGAAUUACAUUUUUGAUCAACUAUACCUCUCGUUUUUUAACAUUAUACUUAGAUAGUAAUCAUUAGCUCUUAUGUAAGAAAAUCCCUACUCCUUCCUUCUUGGAGAACAGCUGACAUUAUCAACACCAUAAAUACUAAACUAUUAAUAUAGUGUAUGUCAUUAUAGAAACACUGCACCACAGGGUAUAAGGGCCUUUUGACAAUUCAUGUAAGAGAUGCUGAAUUUCCAAAGCUGAUGAAUGCUCUAAAUUUAUAUUUCCAAAACAUGUUCAAGAGUGACAUUGAAAGGCUUCUUAGCAAAGAAACAUACGAAAAAAAGCAUUUAAGUAAUCAUAUCAAAAUGCUAACUAUUAUGGUAUAAAAUAAAAAAGAACAAAGAAACAUACAAAAAAAGCAUUUAAGUAAUCAUAUCAAAAUGCUAACUAUUAUGGUAUAAAAUAAAAAAGAACGUAAACAGAUAGAUAAAUUUUUGUGGCAUGUCUAUAACUUAGAAAGAAUGAAACACUGGUACGGAUUGUUGACAAUUGAAUCCUAGUGUUUGUAGUGAUAACACAUGAAAUGUGGUAAAACAAACAAACCAACCAACCAAGAAGUAGACAUUAAGUUGCUCGACUCAGAUAACUGCUUUUCUAUCAUUUUAUUGUGAUUACAGUUGUUUAAAGCUUUUUGCACACAGUUCUACUGCUGGACUUCUGCUGAGUUGAUUCAAUAAACUAUUGUGGCUCAGGCAGAUCCAUUUAUGAAAGAGGGAUACUAAAGACUGAAUUUUAGUCUUUUGAAUUCAAAUCCUCUUUGUAGAAAGUGCCUAUUAUCAAGUUUUUAAAAAAAGUCACAAAGAGUUGUCCUGUAUAUAACUAGUCCCUUAAAUGAUAUGGAUUGAGAAUAAAAUACACAUUCACUGUAAGAACCCAGGAGAACUUAUUUCUUUUGACUAAACUAUAUUUUAGGAAGUUGUUCAGGGACGCAUACUUUUCAGUCAGUGCAUGCACAGCAUUUAAUAUGGGGAGCAGGGGAGUUAGUGUUUGCAUGAAGUUGAAAAUAUGUGCGAGUAAUUUAUAUAUUACGGGACCAUCUGUACAUAUAUGUUAACAAUAUGCAAAAGAUGAUGGCAAAAUCGAAGGAGAUAUUUUGGUCUAUUAUACCCAUUUGUAUGAGCUUUUCUAUCUUCCAGUAUUCCCAACCAAAGCCACUAGAACUGAAAGACAUGUUAUCACAUUCAGACUUGAGAAGUGCAAAACAGUGAUUUGUAAAAACAGUUGCUAUUUUAGAAUUUCUGUUGAACUUCACAUGCCCACAAGAUGUGCCUCUUUAAUCUAGGAGUCUCAAAACAUAUGUUAUGAGCCAUGGGCUCCAUUUUCCUUUCUUUGUGCGUAUAACUUCCAUUAACCAUAAUGGAAGUUUUCAGGGGAGCACGUCUCCAUGUAAUGCUACAAUAUCUACCUACCACAAACACAAGAAAAUGAAAUAAUUAUGGAGUAAGGAAGCAGCCUUGAAAUUGGAAUUUUGUUGCUUUCAUGGUGAGGAUGAUAUCUUUUUCUUGACCUCUGACAUUUAUUGAAUUUCAGGGUAUUUUUCUAUUUGUUCAAGUCAAGUUUGGCUUAAGCUUUUAAAGGUGAAUGUGUGGUUAAAAUAAGAAUCUGAUUACAGAAGUUGUUAGUUUAACUUUAGCCAGUGCUUCAAAAGUAACUAUUGGUGUAAAGCUAUAAAAGAAUGACUGUGAACAACAUGAUGAUUUGAAGUUCUAAUUCAUGCCUUUGCAUAUUAGUGGUGCAAAUAUUUACUGUGUUCUGACAUUGACGUAGAGUUUCACCUAAUCGACCUACACAAUGUUAUUGUUCAUAUAUGUGAGAAACAUAAUGGUUUUGAAUUACUCCAGAUUGUCAGGAAGGAGGGAAAGUAUCAAUUGUUUAUUUAUGGUGCAGUUAUCAUAGUGUCUUUUCAGCCAUCUCUGUUCUCUGUGUGCAUGAUAUGAAGAGGUGCUGAAUGCACCCUGCUGUUUUCAGCAGGAAUGCGUGUUUUCAGCAAACAUUGUAUAUAGAGUAGUCUUUUAGGUUCCCAGAUUCCACAAAUCUUAGCAGUUGAAUUUACUCAGAUUUGAAUGAAGGGUGAAUACUUGCUUUAAUACAUGCAAUAAUGAUAGAAUCAUGUUCUAUGUUGCCUCAACUAGCACAUAGACAGUAGAUGCUCUUUUGGGGACAGAUAACUGCAUGUUUUAUUCCUACACUGUAUAGAUGCUCUUGGUGCAUCCAGAAUAAAAAUUUUAAUAUUAUAUUUCUAAAUAAUAUAUUAAUAGGAGUAAAUGGAUAUGUAUUAGAAAUCCAAACAUUUUCCAAAGCAAUUUACGCACCUUCAAUAUUUUUCUGUGAUGUUAUUAAUAGGUAAGAUCAGAUGCUGUAUCCUCGACAGGUGGUUGUAACAUAAUAGCAAAAGUCAAAUUAGAAUGGAAAUGUGAGUGAUGUAUCAUAAUGGCAGGUUUUAUCAGUCUGUAUCAGGAUAUUGUUGCACUAAAUGUGAUCUAGCAGAUGGAAGAGAUUAUGAUAAAAAGCAAAUAGGCACACAAAAGCCAGAUAACAAUACCAAAGCUAUAUGAAUGGUACUGAAAAUGGUUCAGGCACAGUGGUUGAAUUGAAUGACAUGGUUGAAUACAGGCCCAUGCUUCAUUGUUAAAGUGGAAAAUUUUUAUGACACUAGUUGUAUCUCGCAUUAAGUAUAGGACUAAAAAUGUCCUAAGUAUUUUUUACAAACAACUUUAUGCAUAUCAGAGAAAAAAUGGAAAAUCUGGGGUUUGAAAUUGCUCUAGAAAAAAUGUAUACUUCUGUUGUACUCAACACUUUAAUAGGAAAAUUAGUUGUGACCGCUAACUAAAGUACCAUUAUCAAAAUUAACCUUAUUGGAGCCCAGAUGAAAAUCACAUUUUCCCUUCUGUUUAAGGAGAUUUUGUUCACCCCGUGAUAUCUGGUCCAUUUGAUAUCUUAUUUUAAAUAACUAAAGUCAUUUGGAAUUUUUUUUUAAUAUUAGCCUUCAGAGCAGUGACUGUUUUGAAGUGUGCAGUGGCAGAUAUUUGUGAAAUUAUUCAUCAUAUUUCUAAUGAAUUCCACUAUCUUGUAUAAUUUUUAUCUUUUAAGCAAUUUUCUCUGAGUUUGUUUUCCAAAAUUCCAUGUAGGUAAUGAGAACAUUUAUCUAGAAUGUGCAUAUCAUACAUGGAUAACUUUCAAAUAUGAAUAUUUUAUAAUCAUGUGAAUGUUGUGCUAUAAUUUUUUCUAUUAGGCAUAAAAGUAUUUCUCUUCUCAUCUUAAUGGAAAGGGGGAAAAGACAAAAACAGUCUUUUGGAAAACACCUUAAGUCUUAGUAUCUGAGCUUUGUCUCGGAUUCUGAAUUUAGCUUUACCACAAACUAGAAGUGUAAUUAUGGGCAAGUUAACCUUUUCUAGUAUACCAAAUGCUACCAUUUCCCCGCCAAUAAAUAAGAAAACAAAGAUAACAGCUGUUGCCUUCUUAUAUCAACAUGCUGUUAGGUCAAUGAAAAAAUUAUCUUUCUUGCAGGUGAACAUCACAUUAUGACAAGUGAUCACUUUUCCAUUCUUUCAUAGAAGAGUAUCCAUGAUGUACUCUCUAUCAAAAUAUUCUUCUAGAUUUUAGAAGAGAUUUCAGGGAUUGACGGUGAUGUGAUUUUUAUCUAAAUAUUCUUUUAGGUUUUAGAAGAGAUUUAUCUGGUCAGAGGUUAACAGAGAGAGGCAUAGUUUGCUAAAUAAUUAUUAGUGGCAGGUAAGCAUAAAACUUCAUACUUAUGUGGGAAUUUAGAACUAUGAAUCAAAUAAACCUGGAAAGAAUGAAGCUCCUUUGACAGAAGAGAGAAAGAAGAGAAAGAUAGGUAAAUUUUAUGAUUUUUCUUAUUUCUACUUAAUCAUACUGCUUGGCAGAAAUUCUCAAUUUUGUGAAAAAAUUGGUAGUGGCCAAGGUAUAGAGUAGUUCACCAAUGUAUCUGUGUAACAAAACUGAAUGUGUACCCCUUAAAUUUAUACAAAUAAUAACUAGAGUAGUUCAUCCUUCAACUUUUUAUAUUAAAAUAAUCAUGACCUGUUCAAGAUACAUGAUUCCACAUAGGCAGACACUCUUAUAACAAAAUUCUUAACUAUGUGCUAUGUGUUAUUAAGUUUUGGCCUGUAUUCUGACUUGAGAUUUUCUAUCACUUCAUUUUUAGGAUAAGACCCAUGUGUUUGCAUUCUUUAUGAGGGUCAGGGCCACUGAGGAUUUGGACUGGGAACUAGGAAGAUGAUGAAGGCGAGGGUUGAGAAAAGACUGAGUAGAAUCUAUCUGCUUCUUUACUCUUAGGCUUAGAAGUUAAAUAAGUUAACUAAGCUUAUAUUUACCAAGUGCUAACUAUGAUAAGCAUUUUAUUUAGGUUAUCAAAUUUAAUUCUUGCAACAAUCUCAUGAAGGUAUAGGUUAAGGAACUUGUCCAGGAUAGCAUACCUGUUACAUGGUAAAGUUGAGUUUCUAACACAGGCAGUCAGACCGUAGGGAGAAAACUUUAUUUUGUAGAAUACUGACAUUACAAGAACUAUCUAGUUCAAGCAUCUAGUCUAGGUUUUCCAGACACAUACUUUUAACGAUUUCUUAAAAUAAUUCUUAAAAAUUGCACUCUAUAGUGUGAAUGUAAAUGUUUGGUUUUUCUUGAUAGGUCAGAGUCAAUGACAGAGUUUGAAAUCAUACUGUCUUAAGCAAAAGGUGCCCUGUCCCAACUGUUACUUCUCCUAACAGUUGAAAGACAUCAGCCAAAGUAAACUGUCAAAUGUGGUAUGUUUGACAUAUGGUCACUGGUAUCAACAUUUUCUUUUCCAGUUGAAUUUUAACCUAAAGAGGUAAUGCGUAAUGGUUAAGGAAAGCAAGAGUCAUUCAGGAUUUUUUUCUAUAAUUUCUUUUUAUUUUUAAUAGUGGGAUUUGGAUGAGACUCCGAAAUUUAUUUUUAAAAUUUAUUUUUUGACUCAUUGGGUUUUCAGUAGAUUAUUCAGAUAUUUUUAUUGAUUGCACUGAUGUUGGCUUCUUGGCCAAACCACUAUUAAAUGCAUUAUCCAAAUGAACUAUUUCUGUUUAGAAUGGCAACUUGUAUCCUUAUUUCCAAAAUUAAUGAGCUCAUAGUAUGUAUAUUUACUUCAGAGAGUUUCAAUAAUUUUCUCUAAUGAAAAAAUGUUGAUUUUCUGAAUGUGAUUUAUUUGUUCUACCCUUUGAGAUUUCUAAAGCAAGUGUCUUGAAAUAAGGAGAAAAAAACAAGAUAUUACAAGACUGCAUGCUGGAAUCUUCAGCCCAAACCAUCUUGUUUUCACUUGGCUAAUAACUGAGCCAGAGGUAAUCAUAGAAAGGAAGAAUCCUACUUUUAAAAUAAUGACUGUGAAGGACCCCACUGACACUAUCCAAAGCUUUUUAUAAUCAGCUCACUUCCAUCCUGGCUUUUACAUUACCACUGCAUGAUUGUUUAAAUGAGGUCAUGACUUGUACUACUUGUAAAGGCACUUGGUCAAAGAACAGUAAACCAAAAAGUGCAGCUUAUGACCAGAGAUAUAACUGAGGAAAAAGGAGGGUGGAGAAGGGAUAGCAGUUGCUUCCUUUUAAUGAGUUUUCUGUAUGUGGUGCCUUUUAAAUAGCUUUUGUUUAUUUGUUUUUAAGAUGACACGUUGUCGUUAAGGUUUUAACAAAACCUUUGGAAGCAGUUUGAAAGCUUGUCAAAUGCUGGGGCCUUCUUUAGAAAUAAGUGUUCUCCCACCAACCAAUGAGUUUAGAACCUCUGGUUCUGGCCUACAAACCCAAUCCCCUAAGCACUUGGCUGGUUGGGCUGCAUUUUGAUGGGAGGAAACAAAAAGAUCUGAUCACUCUCUCAUUCACGUGGAAUCACUGACUGUUGAAUGACCAAAGCAGUCAAAGCCAAAAUAUUCACCUUGACGCUUCAAUAAACCAGAUUGAGUAUCCAUAAUAACUAAUUUAAGUAAUUUUAUCCCCAUUCUCUGCUAAAUCAUAUUUCAUAAUAUAAAAUGUAACCACUUCCCUCUAUCCAAAGCUUUUGGUCAGACUCUCCAUUGAGUUAGAGAAAUCGGACUUUGGCAAAAAGCAACAUAAAGAUUAUUGUUGUUCCUAGAACCAUUGUUGUCAUGGACCCCUCAUUUGCUCCUCAACUUUUUCAACCAAAUUAUAGCGGGAAAGAUUCCUGAUGAAGCCAAGACUGCAAACAGGAAGAAUACCUAGCUAGUAAACUAUGCAAAAUCACAACAAAGAUUCAUUUUUAAUUCCAUGUUACAGUGUUUGAUAGUCCUAAGUAUUUAAUAUUGGUAUAUUAUGUCACAGCCAUGAACUGUCAACUUACACAAAAUCCAAAUGCACUUUUAUUUAAAAUCAAGAUUAGCCUAUUUCAUUUUCAGAAAAAAACAGUGGUCAGAAUUGCUUUUUUGACCUCUGCAGGGAUGUUUUCACAUUGCUAUUCUUAUGACCCUUUAUCAGAGAGGGAAUAAGUGUAGUGUUCACUUUCAUCUCCUUAGGGUUGACUGCACCAGCAUCUUCCAUCAAGCAGUCACCUUCCACCUUAGAACCUGUUCACAGUUAAUAAAGCAAGAGGGAAUAUGCAUUUCAUAUUAGGAACAGAUUUCUUAAGUGAUUGUUAUGAAAAGUGGAAACCAGUUUAGAACCAUUUUUUUACCCUAAAACAUCCAUUGUAGUUUGUUGAAAGAGCAAUGACUUUUAGAAGUGCUUGGUACUCAAACAACACAAAAUGUGCAGAUUCAUGAUAUAUUGAAAAUUAUAGAGUUCUUUUUAGUCUAUGUUCUAGUGACUUUGUUUACACUAGUUGUGGCAUUUUGUAUACUACAAUGUAAAUUCUACUAUAACACUAAUGUUACUAUGGGAAUUAAUUUUGCAACUUCUUAAAUGUUUUUGUCACUGCAACCAUAUUGGUGAGAUAUUGGGGGUAUUAAAAAUGCCUCUGCCUUUAAGGGUUAAUUCACCAGAAAUAAUUGAUUCAUGCAUUGACAAAGGAAACAAUGCAAAAAUUUCAUGUGGGAUGUUUUUAAUACCAUUAUGCUAAGCAGUACUUGUUGGCUCUUUUCAAAAUCUGAUUCAUGCUAAGCAGAUCCUUUUUUCUACUUAAACAAAGAUACUGCAAUGUAUAAUACAGAAAUUUUGUAUGUACUGUUGAACUAUCACCUGAUUGCUGACAGGAUGUGUGAACAUAUUUUAACUUUGUGACUUUAGGGUCAAUUAUGAAAUAAUUGUGAUCAAAAUUCAAUUGCUUCUGGGAAGUUUGUGGUGAUUAUCACUUUAUUUAACGUUUGUUCUCAAGAAAUGGUCAUUUUGAAAAGUGAAUUGGCAGGUGGAAGCUUUUAGCCCAAAAUAAUUCUGGGUUUCAGCACAAUAAACUGUAUUUCAUCAGGGAGGACUAACUUUGCUUUUUUUCACACUUUAUUUAAAUGUGGAUAUUUUUUCAUGAUACAGAAUAAAAUGUGCAUUUUAUGGAA